CUUCCAUUAAGGGAAAAAAAACACUGAACCAGAGUAGAUGGUAUAAGAAGACUGGAAGAGUAUGAGAGAAGGGAGAGAAUACUAAAUUCACUGGAGAGAGAGAAUAGUAUUUCCUGCUUAAUCCUUACAGAAUUACUCCCAAGAAAUUGCGAAAUAGAGAGAAUGAAUCACAGCCUUCUCAUUCUCCUUCGUUUCUAGAUGUCAUCCCCAACCGACAUUCUUGAUUCACCGAUUCAUGGCUAAAACCGGCGUCUUCAAUUCGGAUUCGACGGCCAUGGAAAAGGUUACGGAAUUGAUCAAGACGGAAUUGAUGAAACUGGUGAAUUCAAUCGUUCAAGAUGAGAAUUGCAGUGUCGAAACCAUCGAUCAAGCACAAGAUAAGCUUUAUGCUCUCAAGGAACUACAGUUGUGUAAGAAAUCGCUUUCUUCUUUAAAGUUGAAAGAAUGUCCGCAGGAGUUCCGCUGCCCGAUUUCCAAAGAUUUGAUGAAAGAUCCCUGUGUUGUCGCUACUGGACAGACUUAUGACAGACCCUUUAUCCAGAAUUGGCUGAAAGCAGGCAAUCGAACAUGCCCGCGAACUGAAGAAGUGUUGUCACACAUAAUACUUACUCCUAAUCAUGUAAUGAGGGAACUGAUAACAAAAUGGUGUAAGAGCCAAGGAAUAGAAUUGCCUGACCCUGCUCAAUAUAUUAAUGAACUACCAGUGACGGAACAUGGUCAUGAACGAUUUCUUUCUCUGCUUAAGAGUUUGUCCUCAACUAUUUCUGAACAAAAAGAAGCUGCAAAGGAGCUCCGCUUAUUGACAAAGAGGAUGCCAUCAUUUCGGGCACUUUUUGGUGAGUCUGUUGAAUUCAUUCAUCAAUUGCUUGGCCCACUCAAUCAGAUAGAGUUUCAUCCUGAUCUCCAAGAAGACGUGAUCAGUACACUAUUAAAUGUUUCUAUCCAUGAGGACAAUAAGAAACUUGUUGCUGAAAUCCCAGAGGUUAUUACACUACUUAUGGAAUCUUUAAAAUCAGGAACAAUUGAGACAAGGAGUAAUGCAGCUGCAGCUCUUUUCACAUUAUCUGCUGUUGACUCUAAUAAGGUUCUUAUUGGUAAAUCGGGUGCUUUAGGACCUCUCAUUGAUCUUCUAGAAGAGGGAUAUCCAUUGGCAAUGAAAGAUGUUGCUUCUGCAAUUUUUAGCCUGUGUCUUUUACAUGAGAACAAGGCAAGAGCUGUGCGUGAUGGUGCAGUGAGGGUCAUAGUGAAGAAGAUAAUGAAUGGUGAGUAUGUUGAUGAGUUACUGGCUAUUCUCGCAAUGCUUUCUAGUCAUAGAAGGGCUGUUGAAGAAAUGGGAGAGCUCGGAGCGGUGCCUGUCUUGCUUAGCAUCAUUAGGGAGAGCACUUGUGGAAUGAAUAAGGAGAACUCCAUUGCAAUCCUCCACAGUAUCUGCUUCAACGAUCGAACCAAGUGGAAGGAAGUUAGGGAAGAGGAGAAAGAAAAUGCAACAAUCUCUAAACUUGCUCAAGAUGGAACUUCAAGGGCCAAAAGGAAAGCUAGUGGUAUUCUCGAGAGACUUAACAGGGCUGUCAAUUUUACACACACAGCUUAAUGAAACGGUUUCUGCAGAAAGUAUGAAUUUCAACCAUGUGUACAUUCUAUCUCUGUAUUCAGGCAUUUUGAUCAUCAAGUCAACUCAGGCAUGUUACAUCCUCAUCUCCCUUUGCAAAUUCUCUUCACAAUACUUUUCAAUUUCAGGUCACUGUGAAUAAACAUAUUACAGUCAGCAUUACUAAUAAGAUUUUGUCUUGAGCUUUUGUACAA